AUGACAAAUGAUAAACAAGUUGAAUCAACUCAAAAAAAAACAUAUGGUAAAAGAAAAUUCGUUGAAUGGAGUGAAGAAGAAGAUUUGAAGUUGACUGGAUGCUUUGAAAAAUAUGGCAGUGACUGGAGAAAGAUAAAAGAUGAACUUGGUUGUAAUAGAAGCCUUGAACAAAUUAGAAAACGUGCUCGCCAUUUAAAUUUAAAUAAACCAAAAAGAGCAAGAAAAACAGUAAAUAAUAAUACUUCUAGUAAUAAAACACCUAAUAAAAAAACAAAAACAAAAGCCACAACACCUAAUACUACUACACCAACUAAAGCUAGAUCACGAUUAAUUCCAAUUUUACCAGCUGAAACUCUUGAAAAAAAUGUUUUAUUAUUAAAUCAUGUAGAAAUUACAGCAAAAAAUGAUCCAGAGUAG